AUGGCGAACGCAACGAUCCGUGGGGCGGUCAGCAUCCACGGCACCAAUCCGCAGUUCCUCGUCGAAAAGCCGGUGCGCGCACGCAUCUACGAAUCGCCCUUCUGGAAAGAGCACUGCUUUGCGCUCUCGGCUGCCACGCUCCUCCCGCUCGCCGUGGACCUGCACCACGUCGGCGGUCUCACCGGCCUGCAACGUCCGUCCCACUUUCUCUGCCUCCUCCAGAAGCUCCUCCAGAUCCAGCCCGAACCAGCCAUCGUAGACGCCUACCUCGCAGCCAAGGAGUUCAAGUACCUGCGCGUGCUCGCGGCGUUCUAUGUGCGGCUCACGUUUGCGUCGAGCGACGUUUAUGCGCGGCUCGAACCGAUGCUGGAGGACUAUAGCAAGUUGAGGUGGAGGGAUGCAGGCGGGGCGUAUAGCGUGGUGCAUAUGGACGAGGUGGUGGAUAUGCUGCUGCGCGAGGAGAGAGUGUGCGACAUCAUCCUGCCCAGGCUGACGCGCAGGGAUGUCUGCGAAGCGAGGGAUGGAUUGGCGCCCAGGAUCAGCAGGUUGGAGACCAAGCUUAGGAGUGCGGUGGAAGGACAGGAGAGCGAUGCGAGUGAUGAUAGCGACGCAGAUGUCAGGAGGUGGAAGCUCGAACGCGUAAAGAGAGCUGCCCGGCUUGCACACGCCAGGAAGCAGCAUCAGCACCGAGGAGCGGAUGCACAAGAGGCCGAGUAUACGUCGCAGGAGGAAGACGAUGAGGCGGCCAAGAGGAGACGGUUUAUCUCGCCCUCGCCGAGCGUCUCGCCGGACCGCAUAGCUGCACGCCAAGGCUACGUCUCGCGCUCGCCCUCGCGCUCUCCGGAUCGCAUGCUCCCACCCGCCCACUCCGAACGGGGCCACAUAUCGCGCUCACCAUCGCGCUCUCCAGACCGCAUGGCCUCAACAGCCCGUUCGGAAGAAGGCUACAUUUCGCGCUCACCCUCUCGCUCACCGGACCGACUUUGA